AUGAUGGCCGAGGGCGAGCCCGAGGCCUCGCGGGCGCCGGCGGACGAGGACGGCGCCGCCGAGCCGGGUGGCCGCGCUCCGAAGAAGGCGCCGAUCGAGGGCCGCGAGGGCGGCGCCGAGCGCGGCCGGGCCUGCUGCCGCGCGCCCUCUCCGGGGCUGGAGGUGACGCUGGACGAGUUCGAGGUCCUCGACGCAGAAGGCGGGCGCCAACUGGGCAAGGGGUCCUUCGGCGUCGUGCGCAGGAUCCGCCGCAAGGGGACGGAUGACGUGUACGCCCUCAAGAUCAGGCGGGCUUGCCGGACAAUGCAGAAGGUGGAGGUCAUCGAGAGCGAUCUCAUCGACCAGGUCGAGAGGGAGAUCCAGGUGCAGCGAAACCUGAAGCACGAGAACAUCCUGCGGCUCUACAAGCACUUCGAAGACGACGACACCGUGUACCUGCUGCUGGAGUACUGCGCCAAGGGCGAGCUGUACCAGCUCCUGAGGACGCGGAUGGGGCGCCGGUUCCCCGAGCCCGUGGCGAAGCACUACUUCGUGCAGGUAGCGCGAGGGCUGCAGCACCUGCACUCGACCACCUUCUGCGGGACGCUCGACUACUUGGCUCCCGAGAUGAUCCAGGGCAAAGGGCACGACCACACGCUGGACAACUGGAGCCUGGGCGUGCUUCUCUACGAGAUGCUUGUUGGGAGGCCGCCCUUCCAGAGCACCAACCACGUCCUUCUGAUCUCCAAAAUUCUGUCCAAGGAGUUCAACUUCCCCGCUUUCGUGCCCAAGCCAGUGAUCGAUCUGGUAUCCAGGCUGCUCCAGCAUGAACCGCGCAAUCGCAUGUCCCUCGAUAGGGUGCUCCAGCACCAGUGGCUGGUUACUGGCGCUGAGGCAGGUGAGCCACCUGCUGUCGCGGACAAACACGUUAUCUACGAGCACGCUUCCUCGGCGCAUGUUGUGGAGAACGCGCCCGUGCCCAACGUCUCGGCGGCGCAGCAGAGUCUUCAUGAGACUUCGAACGAGGCAGCGGUGCAGCUGCACUCGCAGGCGGCGCAGAGCAUGAUAUCCCCAAGCGCAAACGACCAGAACGCGCAACACGGCAUGCCGUGCACUGUGCCCUCGCCUUUGCCGUCUGCAGUGCGCCAACCGAGCGCAGAUCAGCCCGCAUCAUUCGCGGUGCCUUCGCGGGUCGUCGUGAAGGGGACUCCACGCUUGGACAACAACGUGCUGCUGGGACCGCGGAGGGUGCCAUCGGCGUACGCCACGCCCGGCCUUGCCGCGCCGCCGUGGGAGCGGAGCCCUGAGCAGCGCCGCGAGAGAGCGCCCCGCACCACUGCGGCCUCCCUGACGCUGCCGGUGCCAUCAUCCACGGUGGUGGCACAGAGGGCAGGAGCAGCGCAGGCAGCGCAGCAGGAUGCGCAGCGGCCCUUCACGUCGACGACGUGCGUCGCAUCGCCAACGCGCACGCCGAUGCAGUCGACGUCCUUCCGGCGGAUAGCCACCCCGCAACCCGCCGUCCCGUUGCUUGGCACCGCGCCGCUCGGCCACACCGCGCCCGCUGCCACGCCCGCCGCCGCGGCUGGCGGCGGCACCCAGCAGCUGGCCGUGGGCCCCGGCAGCGGCCCGCAGCGCCCAGUGAUGCCCGCAGGCGUGGCCACGGAGCCGGCCAACGCCGCCGCCGGGCGGGCGCGCAGAGGCAGCCCUGUGCGCUCGGCCGCCGCGGCUCCGCAGCCCCUCGCCUCGCCGACGAUGCGGAACCGGUGCUGCAGUGGCUCGCCGGUCACGCUGCGGGCUGGCGUGGCGCCGGGCGCCGCUGCAGCGCCGUGCCGCACGAUUGCGGCGCCACAGCGGGGGAGGCCCCCGACGGAGGCCCCACCGCAGCUGCCCACUGGCGGCUGCUGGCCUGCCCCUGCGCCCCUGGGCGCGCGGGCGGGGCACCUCGCCGUCGCGCACGCCUGCGUGGAGGCCCGCGAGCAGCUGCCGCUCGCGGCGGCUCCCGUGCAGGGCAGCUGCGUCGCGCUCCAGGGGCCUGCCGUCCGCACGGUGGUGGCUGGCCCGGCACAGUUUCCGGCGGCAGCUUGCGGCGUGAGGCCCAGCACCGGUCAAGCGGUGCCAGCGGGAAGCUGCGCUCACGCCGGCAUGUUGUACGGCGGGCCGCUGUAUCUGCAGCAGCAUGCAGCGCCUUCGUCGGGCUGGUGACGGAGGCGAGCGACUCACUGCUGGGCGGUGGUGGUGGAGGUCGAGGGCCCGAGGCGUUCUCUCGUCGCCGCCAGGGCCUCCGGCGAGGCCGCAGGGCGGGCCGCGCGGCUGCGCCGCCGGGCCGCUCGCCGCGGG